AGGCGGGCACCCAAACGUACAUCAAAGCAUACCAUUGUGCGCUUGUGAGCCAAGCCAACCAACAGGACUAAACACGAUCCAUAGCCAUGAAUCUGGUGACGGGUGCCAUGGGCUCCCUGCUCCCCAAGCUGGCCGAGCUCCUCAGCGACGAGUACAAGCUGCAGAAGGGCGUCAAGGACCGCGUCAGGUCCCUGGAGAAGGAGAUGAAGAGCAUGCACGCCGCCCUCCGCGUGGUGGCCGAGGUGCCGCGGGACCAGCUCGACGAGCAGGUCAGGCACUGGGCUGGGGAGGUGAGGGAGCUUUCCUUCGACAUGGAGGACGUCGUCGACAAGUUCCUGGUGCGUGUCGAUGAUGACUGCUCCGAGCCUGCAGCACCCAAGUCGAACAAGCUCAAGCGGCUAACCAAGAAGAUGGCCGGCCUGUUCACCAAGGGGAAGGCUCGCCACGAGAUCGCCGACGCGAUCAACGACAUCAAUAAGCAAGUCCAAGAGGUCGCCAACAGGCGUGGAAGGUACACGGUUGACAGUAUUGUCGCUAGGCCUCCAGCCAUGACGACCAUCGAUCCCCGCCUUGGUGCUCUGUACAAUGAAGUGACCGAGCUCGUGGGCAUUUCUGGGAAAAGAGAUCAAGAGCUAAUGAAGUUGCUCUCGGAGGGAGACGACGAGGCCAAGAAAAAGUUGAAGAUGGUCUCCGUCGUCGGGCUUGGAGGAUUGGGCAAGACCACUCUUGUCAAAACGGUUUAUGACAAUAUCAAAGGAAAAUUCGAUCGCAGUGCUUUUGUUCCUGUCGGUCGAAAUGCCGACGCAAAGAAGGUUCUCAUGGACAUCCUCCUUGACCUUGAUAUCUACCAAAAUCAGUUCACCAUGAUGAAUGAACGACAACUCAUUGACAGACUCCGGGAAUAUCUCGAGAACAGAAGGUACCUCAUCGUUAUUGAUGAUAUAUGGGACGGAAAACUGUGGGGAGUUAUAAAGUGGGCAUUCUCUAGCAGCAAUAAUUUGGGCAGUCGACUAAUCACAACAACUCGUAUAGUCGGUGUAUCUAAAUUAUGUUGUUCGACUACUAAUGGUUCAAUUUAUCAAAUGGAACCUCUUAGUGGUGAUGAUUCACAAAGACUCUUCUAUAAGAGGGUAUUUUCUCAUGAGAGAGGAUGUCCCCGUGAAUUUGAGAAAGUGUCCAUAGAUAUAUUGAAAAAAUGUGGUGGAGUGCCAUUAGCCAUCAUUACUAUAGCUAGUCUUUUGGCUAGUGAUCGGGGGGUAAAACCUAUGGACAAAUGGCAUGCUUUGCUCGAGUCUAUUGGUCGUGGGCUUACAGAAGACCCCAGUGUAGAGGAGAUGUUGAGGAUACUGUCGUUUAGUUAUUAUGAUCUACCUUCUCAUCUGAAGACAUGCUUAUUAUAUCUAAGCAUGUUCCCGGAAGAUUUCAAGAUUAGAAAAGAUCAGUUGAUAUGGAUGUGGAUUGCCGAAAGUUUUGUGCAAUGUGAUAAUGCAGAAAAUAUUCUCUUUGACAUCGGAGAAACUUACUUCAAUGAGCUUGUGAACAGAAACAUGAUACUGCCGGUAUAUGCUAGGAGAGAAGUAGAAGCUUGCAGAGAAGUAGAAGCUUGCAGAGUGCAUGAUAUGGUUCUAGAUCUAAUUUCUUCCCUAUCAAGAGAGGAUAACUUUGUUACUAUAUUGAAUGGUAUUGGUGAUAGCAUAUCUUCUCGGUGCAACAUCCGUAGACUGUCCCUACAGAAUGAUAGAAAAGGAGAACUUCAAACCACACCUAUCGAAUCCGUGAGUCUGUUAAAAGUGAGGUCCAUUGCUAUAUUUGCACCCGCUAUCAAUCUAAUGCCGCCUUUCUCGAGAUUUUUUGUAUUACGUGUAUUGGAUUUCACUGGAUGUAAUCUUGGCAAUCAUAAUCAUCUAAACAUCCGGGGGUUGGGGAAUUUAUUGCACUUGAGGUACCUAGGUCUAGCCAAAACAGAAAUUUCCGAGGUCCCGGAAGAAGUUGGAAAGUUAAAGUUUUUGCAGGUGCUGGAUUUGAGUGGAAAUAAGCAUAUAGAAGAGCUACCAUCGACUGUUAAUAAGCUCAGAAGAUUGAUGCGCUUACUUGUGGACAGUAAAUGCAAGAGGCUUCCAGAUGGACUAGGAAACCUGACAUCAAUGGAAGUGCUGAGGGAGAUCCAUUGUGACUCUCUAAGCAUCCUGAAUGAGCUGGGCAGCAUGGAAAGGUUGACGAAGCUUGGAAUUCUGUUUGAUAAUUUGAGUUUUGAGAUGAUGGAAGCUUUUGUGGAAUCACUAGGGAAAAUGUCCAACCUCCAAAGUGUAGUAAUUACUCGGCAUGGUGUUGAGUCUCAGCUUUUGACAGGGGAAGGUGUUGAUUCUAAGACCAUCGAUCUUUUGGGGGAAGGUUGGGUGCCCCCUCAAAGUCUCCGGGAGUUUGUCACAUACGGAUUAAUAUUCUCUACAGUGCCGACAUGGAUAAGGAGGAAUCCCUUGCAUCUGUCGCAUCUCACGAAGAUAAAAAUCUUUAUCGAGGACGUACGGCAGGAGGAUCUGGACAUCCUUGGAAGGUUACCGGCUCUUCGUAAUCUUAACUUGUGGAGCUUCCGCCAAAUUGGGCUGCCACUUGUCGGCGCUGAUGGGUUCCGUUGUCUCGCAUCAUUCAUGUCGUUUUCCCAGUCCGCGGGCCUAAUCAUGUUCCAGCCGGGAGCUAUGCCCAAUGUUGAAAAAGUUGAGCUCUGGAUCAAAUUGCGGGUGGCAAUAGAGGAAGCAACUGGCCAAGGUGGUGAUUGUUUUCACAUGGGCCUGGGGAACCUCCUGUCCCUUCGGAAGGUCGUUGUCAAUUUGCACCGCUGGGGAUUGACAGUCGAGGAGACGAAGCAACCCGUGGAUGCGCUGGUGAACGAACUCCGUGCACAUCCUAGUCGUCCCGACUUUCAAGUCCUCCCCGACCCACCCAUACCGUAUGGCGCUCCUGACAAUGACGUAAUGGCUCAUGGAUGUUAUAGAGAGCGGGAGGAGGAUGGGGAGGAGGAAUGAAGAACCUGCAUGCCGGUUACAUAUUUAAAGAUUGCAGAAUAUAGGUUGUGUAUAAAAUGAUUAAUCUUUUGUCGCAGUGGAAAUGCAUUUGGCCGGAAAAGCUUGAGCAAGACUGGAGGACGCUCAUGGAUCCAUUGAAGACGAUGGCGAGGAAGAUAUCGUUGAUGGCGGGCACUAGAGGAGGAAUCGGUUGAUCAUGGCGUCUAGUGUGGAUCCGUGUGUGGUGUUGUCUUUCUUUCCUUCUGCACUCUGGCUUUUAGU